GCAAGCCAUUUUCUCUUCUUCUUUUUUCUUCCUCCUAUUUUUUGGCCACAUAAAUAAGAGCAUAUGCUCCUGUUUUCUCUCAAGCAAAUUUACUACAUUUCCAUCUUCCACAUAUUUGCUUCUUCAUGCGUUUUUUUUUCUGAGAUUAUGUUUGCGUUGCGCGAUCGAAGGAUGACAAGAGACAAACAAUUCUCCAAUCGGAAAGAAUGGGAGUUCGGGUUUAAACUUGGGUCACGUUUCAAUCCCAAAUUUCAAAACCAAGAUUUGUGUGUGAGUUGGAAAAGACUCAUAACAAAAUGGAUGAUUUUAUAUGACAUUUUUAGCCACAAGGAGGAGAACCUUACCACCACAAAAGCCGUCUCUUAGAAAUAUUGUCAAAAUCAAUGGGAAGCUCAAAGGAAGACAUAUUGCAGGACAAAAAUCAAUCAACAAAUAAGACGAUCUUCUAAUUUAAAUGCUGGUGUAUGUUUAGCUUUGGGAAUGUGAUGUUUUAGUAGUGGUAACUUUUUAUAAUCUUUGUAUGUGAUUGCUUAGAGAUAAAACAAUUGUGUGUUACAUACUCCGUAAGUGUUAUUAGUGGAGGAGUUUGAGAUUCAAAUAAGAGCCCUUCCUCCAGUGUGUUUGAUGAUGUGGCAGACAGAGAAGCAAGUUGCAACACCAGUGUGGUUGUGCCUGAAGGAGUUCUGAAAUAAGCAUUUGUGGGAAAUAAUUGGGAUUAUAAGGGUUUUGAAGAUGUAUAAAAUGUUAAUCAGGUUUUCUCCUUUUCAACCAAUGGGUAUCAGACUUCAAUGUCCUAUGGAGUCCAAGAAGUUCCCAUAACCUUUCUGGUUAAGAGGUGUGACGGGAAAGAGAUACUAAUGGACAACAAAUUUCUGAAGACAAAAAAUCUGCUUCUGCUAAUAAACUUCUACUAGCAUCAUCUACGAUACAAGUGUACAAUCCCUUUGAGUGAGUAAAGACAAAGGAAGAUGUGGUCUAGUUAGCAUGACUUCCCCUUUGCUAAUGGUUAGUGUGGUAGAAUGGUAGAUUGUACUACCUCCGUUUUUUUUUAAUAUUCACAGUUUGACUUCACACAAAAUAAGGAAACAAAUUUGACUUUACUG